ACAGGCGUGGGUUGUGCUUCUCACGUCUACAGCUUUGGGCUGUGUGUGACUUACAGGCAUGGGUCCAGGAAAUGUGAUCGUGGUAGAGUCAAGCGAGCCUUCAAAAACAACACAAGCUGUACUAUUCCAUCUGUUUUUCAGUCAUGUUUACAUGCUAACCAGCUAGCUCGUUAGACAAGCCUCACUGGAGAAAUGAAAAUACUAUUUCUUGCCCGUCUCAGCCCCAAAACUGGAAACCACACUACAGCUGAGAGGAUAAGGUCCCACAUUGAGUCAGCAGGACACACUUGUGAGCUCAGAGAUGCAGCAGAUUUUCAGACUCCAGCUGAGGUGGCAGAUCUCAUCUCUCGAAAUCCUCCAUUUCAGGCUGCACUGGCCAUUCAUUUGUUCAGAGCAGGCAGCCUCCUCUUAGAAACCCAAGUUCCCUUUGGAGUUAUCUUUGGUGGAACAGACAUAAAUGAAGAUGUGAAAGUUGAGAAGAAGCGUGUGGUUAUGGAGCAGGUGCUACUGAAAGCAAGGUUUGCUGUUGCAUUUACCGACAAACUGAAAGAAGAGGCAGAGUUAUUUUUGCUGUCCCAGAGCAGUAAGAUCUACGUCCAGCCACAAGGAAUCUGCACAGAAGUGACUGAAAAUUUCUGCUGGACUGAAUUCUUGAGGAGCUCAGGUGUAAGCGGCCAGCAUGUGGAGGAGCUGCGUGUUUUCCUGCUGGUCUGCGGCCUCAGGAGAGUCAAGGACCCCCUCUAUGUGGUGGAGGUUUUUUCAGAGUGGCAUUGUGAGAAUCCACUGAAUGUGCUGGUCAUAAUCGGGCCAAAGAUUGAUCCUGUGCUCACUGCAGAGGUGGAAACUGUCAUUCAGAGGACAGCAGGGGUCUUCUUGGCCCAGGAGAGAAGCCAGCAGGAGCUCCACGCCGCCAUGAAAAGGUGCUCCGCCUUGGUCAACAGCUCUUUGUCAGAAGGCAUGUCAGCCGCCAUCUUGGAGGCCAUGGAUCUCGGGGUACCCGUGUUGGCCCGGGACAUUCCUGGAAAUGCAGCCGUAGUUCAACAUGAGUUCACUGGCCUGCUCUACUCAUCGCCUCAGGAGUUUGUACAUCAAUCCAAGAGGCUGCUGUCAGAUCACGAGUUGAGAGAGAGAGUGGUGAGGAACGGGAAGCUCUACGUGGAGGAGCAUCACAGCCUGAAGCAAGAGAGAGAAACCUACCAGCAGCUGGUGGACACUUUGCUCUAAGCUUGAGAUUUCAACCGUCAUCUGUUAACUUUCUCAGGAACUUUAGCAUCAGGCAUUCAAUUACAGGGCAAAAUGUAGUUAAAAUAGGUGACCUUAUUCCCAGUCUUCUUAAAAAAUCAGGUGAUAACAGUGCCUAUGUAAAGAAGCCUGUUUUAUCUGUCCUGCCUUACUGAAUUUAUGCUGCAGAGCACUUUGGACCAAACAACUCUGGAAGAAAUGGUUGUUUUAUUUACAAAUAAACUGAAUGUGUUUACACCA